ACCUCGCUACACACUCGAGUAGUCCCUCCGGGAGCGCGCGGCCGUGUGUUCAUGGUGAGGUGUCAGCGACGAGGAUAUAAGACACAGUUGUAGCCCCCCCUCCCUGCCUCGCGCUGCGCGCAGACUUCGUACAAGCUACUACUAUUUCUCCUAAUUCUCCUAUACAUUGCCGGCAAUCUCCUGGAGCUCCCUGACAGGCCCUAUAACAAUCUAGCGCUCCUCCGACAGCAGACACGCAUCGCUCUCCUACACCUUGAAGGUCCACCCGAUCAAACCCAGCAUGUACAAGUUCGCAGCCAUCGCGCUCUUCGCGAGCGCCGUCCUGGCCCAGAUCCCAGGUCUUCCAUCUUGCGCGCAAUCUUGUAUCACAGACUACGGUGGAUGCAACCAGAUCGACGUCAAGUGCAUCUGCUCGAACAACCCCCUCCUCGAGAAGCUAUCGUGCUGCGUUUCGCUGCAAUGUGACGAAGAGGGCACAGCAGCGGUCAUUAAAUUCGCAGACACUCUCUGCGGGUCUUACGGCGUCACCACUCUCCCCACCGCUGCCACUUGCGUCGCUACGGGCACUGCAACCUCGACCACUGCAGUUGCCACUGGAACUACCACCGAGAGCGCCACCAUGUCGAUGACCUCCGCCCCAACCAGUGUCUCCUCUGCUAUGGGCUCCGCCGCCAGCAUGGCCUCCACCGCUGCUUCCUCUGCUGCCGCCGCCGCGCCCACCCACAUGGCCCAGAAGGUGCUUGGUAUGGGUCUGGGUGCUGCUGGUCUCUUCGCCGUGUUGUAGAAUUGUACAUGAAAGAGGCGAUAUGUGUGGCUUUCGUACCGUUGGCUUGGGAAGAGUCGGACGCGUAAUUGGAACGGUGCGAGGUGGUGUGGAUAUAAUACGAUAUGAUACCUCAGCUGUGCAAAAUGUAGAGAGUUGCACAUACCUUAGUUUACGCCCUCUUCAACGACGUGUAAUACGUUGAGGUCAACGCAAGAGCGCCAGCGCUCCUUCCAAUUGGGCGCGCGCGUACAUGCACAAGGCUGCCAUUUCGUCUUUGCAGUCUGAUGCGCGCCAUUCGUUACAGCGAGCCGCAGCCACUCGAAAGAUGAGCUGUAUGCCUUGUAAAUUACGCAGAGAGUUGAAGGAGGAAAGAGUAAGGUCACUUUUCCUCGACCAGGCUAGGAACACGCGCAAACAUUCAAUCCAGCACCGCUUUGG